AUGGCGGAAAAGCAGAUUCGUUGGUGUCUAGGGAGAGGUUUCGUGGACUUCUGGCACGAUAAAUGGCUGGGAGAGGAGACUGUGACGGAGAUGGUUGGUGUUCAUGAUCCCCCUCAUAUGCUUGCUGCGGAAUUCGUUGUCCAGAAUGAAUGGAAUGUUUCUAAGCUCCUCCAGUGGCUGCCUAUGCGCGUGAUCGCAUUUUUCGCGUGGCGCGCCGUUCAUAAUUUUCUGCCAUUGGAUCUUACCCUUCGUCGUAGGGGGGUAGCCCUUCCUUCUCGGUGCCACGAGGAGUUCUUCUGUCACUUGUUCCUCUCUGGCCCUGGUGCCUCUGCAGUCUGGAAUUGGUCCAAAAGGCAGUUUGGCAUCCUAGACCUCAUGCACUCCCCUCUCUCAGCAAUGUUCAUGUCAUGGCUGGGUUCGGUUGGGUCGGGAUCGCUGAAUCACAUUCAUACGGCUAUGCCAGCGAUUGUUGCCUGGUUUCUCUGGAAGGCGCGUAAUCGUGUGCAGCAUGAGGAUGUGCCCUUCCAUGCCCGUCAGAUCAUUCAAGACAUUGAUAGCUUUGUAAGGCUGUUGGGUCGGGCCAGAGUUUUUUUGCCCAAGCAUUUCAUUGAGGACCUGGAGCACCCAUGGGCUCCAGAUACAGGGAUCCAGCCUAAGUGGUUCAAGGUUUAUGUUGUGGCCUGGUUGAGCCCUCCGCUCCACAGACUGAAACUCAAUACGGACUCUAGUGUCUCUGGUACAAGAGCUUUGGGUGGAGGGCUUGUUCGCGAUCACACGAGGCGUUUGGUAUUUGCCUUUUAUAAGGAGUUUGGGAAGGUAGACACUCUGACUGCCUAG